UCGAGUCGAUGGACUGGCCUGGCUUAUAAUUUCAAGUUUAUAGGAAUUUUGUUAAAUUCCGUACGGCACUGGCGGCCGUACAAUGGCACCAGGAUGCGGCUCCAAGGUCGUUUUGAAUUGGAUGCGGCGCUCCGGCCAGCGCGCGUUAAACGAUGGCAGGCGUUUAGCACGAGUUGGCAGGCCGACGCAUCCAGCGCAACAUCGCUUCUUCUGCACGAAAACAACAAUCGGAUUCCGGCAGCAAAUGGACCACACAAUCCCGCCCAAGUCGUAUAAGUGGACGCCGGGCGACCUGAUCAAUGAAAACUUCAAAUUGGGCGAAAAUGGCCAUGUCUGCGUGGUGCUCAACCGCCAGAUCCAGGUGCCCCCGCACGUGGUCACGUUGUUAUGGAAGAAUGCUGCCGUGCGCUGCGCCGUAGACGGUGGCUCCAACCACUGGCGCAACUUUGUGCUAGACCAGGUUCUGUCAAAGCGCUCCAAAGACGAAAUUGUCAACGCACCUCUUGAACCUCUUGACGUGAUAACAGGUGACUUUGACUCGAUCACAGAGGAGACUGUGGACUUCUUCAAGACCACGCCCAAGAUCCAUACGCCCGACCAAGACGCCACGGACUUUACCAAAGCCAUAGCGGUCCUCCAGCCGGUGAUGGCACAGCGCAAUAUCCAAGACGUGGUAGUGUUUCAUGACACCUCCGGCCGGCUGGACCAUGUGAUGGCCAAUCUGAAUACGCUAUAUAAAUCGCAGAAGGACAACUGCAAUGUCUUUCUGCUAAGCGGGGACUCGGUGACAUGGUUGCUGCGGCCGGGCAAGCACACAAUAAAGAUACCGGUGGACCUGGUUACCAGCCAGCGAUGGUGUUCCCUGAUGCCCGUAGGAGCGUCGGCGCAUAAUGUCACCACCACGGGCUUAAAGUGGAACCUGUAUCACACACAAAUGGAAUUCGGUGGGAUGGUCAGCACCUCGAAUACCUAUUCCACCGAGUUUGUUCAGGUGGAGACAGAUGCGAAUCUGAUCUGGUCGAUGGGCGCCUACGAAUUCGAGGACAAACUUAGGCAAAUGAACAAGCCCUGAGACGCUACUGGAGGCUUUUAAGUACUUAGGCGAGGCUAGGAGCCGAGAGCUGCAUCCAUUUGUUAUAUAUUAUAGUCUAGUGGUGUUAUUGUUUAACAAAAUGAAAGUUUAUGUAAAAAAUUUUAAGUGAUAAACUCUUAA